AUAUCGCGAGAGCUUGUAUGGACACUCAAAAGAUAGUGGUAAACGAGAAUCCAGGAAGUGGUAAAGCUGUUCACAGAGGUUAUGAAAUUACUAAUUAGCAUCCUAGGAAAAGCGACAGGAUAUUUGACACUCGUUGUUGUGUUGAUCGCUGCGGUUUUACAUUACCUGGAUUAUUCCGAACCAGGGGCAUUACCUAGCAUGGCUGUUAACAUGGAGAGCCUGGAGGAGGAUUUUAGGCAGCAGAACAAAAGCUGUUUUAUCCUGGGAGCCACUGGAGAGACGGGAAGACUGCUUCUCAAAGAGCUGCUGGAUCGAAACCUCUUCGCCAAGAUCACGCUCAUUGGCAGGAGAGAGGUUACCUUCGAGGACAAAGCUUACGAAAAGCUGAUCCAGGAGGUGGUGGACUUUGAGAAGCUGGAGGACCACGCCCCCGCCUUCCAGGGCCAUGAUGUUGGCUACUGCUGCCUGGGAACCACCAAGGCGAAGUCUGGGGCGGAGGGCUUUGUUCGAGUGGAUCACGACUACGUGCUGAAGUCUGCCGAGCUGGCCAAGGCGGGCGGAUGCUCUCAGUUCCACCUGGAGUCGUCUAAAGGAGCCGAUAAGGGCAGCAGCUUCCUCUAUCUCAAAGUCAAGGGACAAGUGGAGGCAGAAAUAGAAGCACUGGGCUUUGAUCGACUCUCGAUCUACAGACCUGCGGUGCUCUUGGUUGAGAGGCAGGAGAGCCGGCCGGGUGAAUGGAUGGCCAGGAAGGUGCUGAGCUCCUGCUCCUUCAUGUUUCCCUCCAUGUCCGUGCCCAUCCAAGCCGUGACGCGGGCCAUGGUGUCCAACACGGUCCUCAAGCCUGAGCACCCCACGGAGAUCCUGGAGAACAAGGCCAUCCAAACCCUGGGAGCCAGCCCCACCAAAUGAGGGAGGAGCAGGGAAGCGGAGCAAAACAUCCGGGCGGAGUCUGGGUCCCAUCUCGGGGCGGAUACUCUCAUAAGGGGCGGAGGUCGUUGACUUGGAACUUGGAGGUGUCGGAAGUUGUAGUUCAGCCAAAGAAAUGAACAUCGAAGCUUGGGAGUUAUGUAUGAUAUGCCGAGUGUAGGAGGGGAUUUGAGAUUUGCACUAUAUGACCAUUUAAUACAUGUUGUUCUGUUCGCAUAGCUCCCGUUGAGGACGUUGGAGAGAGGAUGGGUCUUUAUGUUGAUUGUGGCAGGUUUACUUGUCUUAAAAGAUGCAUUCAUAUAUUUUAAUCUUAAUCUGUUCAACACUUAUAAUUGAAAUAAUAUUGAACAUAUGUACAUCAUGAUUGUGCUAUACAGAUGAAGAAAGAAUACAUAUUUAUUUUAGAAAGAAAAUAAUGUUUAUCUCAUUAUGGGGAAAGUUGUGAGAUUUGGAAAAAAGGAGGUGGUAAAAUUUGAACCGUCAUGGGUCUGCAACAUUUAAUCGAAUUAAGUAUAGGAACCCAAUUGUAAGACUGACAACUAUGCAUGUCUGAGAAAAUGCAUGUGAUACCGCUUGGGGAAAAUGCCUUAAACUGACCAUACCGUUGUGUAAACUACGUCAUUAAAAUGUGUUGUGAUUCUGGGA